UUCUUUCAUACACGGCCGUUGGGGGUUGGCGGGGUCUGGGACCACGGCAGGGGGUGCCACAGCAGUGCCUGGCAGUGUGGGCCAGGUCCUUACCUCUAAAGCAGAGAAGCCACUUCUCCUGGGCCCACGAGACAGCUGUCCCAUGCUCUGCUGAGCUUGGUGCCAUGCCUCUGCAACUCCUGCUGCUGACCCUGCUGGGCCCUGGGAGCAGCCUCCAGCUGUGGAGGGCCCCAGAGGAUGGAGCCAAAGAGACCCCAGGUCUCCUGCUUGCCCGGAGCUGGGUCAAGGUGGACAGGGACUUAUACUCUGAUAUGAAUGAAGACUAUUUCACAGAAGGCACGGACCUUCCAGAAAUAUUUCAAAGUAGCCCUGCGUCUGUGACCCUGAGCCACAAGCUUCUGGCUGUGCUGGGAACCUUGGGGCAGAGGGGUUCUGCAGGGCCUGGAACUCCUGAGCUAGCCACUCUGGCCACAGGGAACCCCACUGACAUAGAUGCAGGGAGGACAGCUAUAGAAAAUCUGAGCGCACAGCUGGCCACAAGGGGGAUUCCUUCCACACGAGGCCCUCUAACCAAAGAGCAGGUUAUUGUAGCAUCUCCCGUGAUGGAUACUCCAUCAACAGACAGGGCUCCAUCCACAGAACUGGCCACCAUGGAGGCCCUGUCCAUAGGAUCAACAGACAGAGAGGCCCUGUCUGUGGAACCAGCAACCACAGAGGUCACCACACAACCCACAGCCUCAGAGGCCCUGCCCAUGGGGUCCACUGUCAUGGGGACCCUGUCCGUGGGACCAGCAGCCACAGAGGCACUGACCACACAAUCCACAGCCUCAGAGGCCCUGCCCAUGGAAUCCACUGUCGUGGGAGCCCUGUCCGUGGGACCAGCAGCCACAGAGGCACUGACUACACAACCUGCAGCCACAGAGGCCCUGCCCAUGGAAUCCACUGUCGUGGGAGCCCUGUCCACAGAACCCACAGCUACGGAGGCCCUGUCCAAAGAACCAACUGCCACAACAGCCCCUUCCAUGGAGCGCACUGCCACAGAGGCACUGUCCACAGGACCUCCUACUACAAGGGGCCUGACCACACCCCUUCUCAUGCCUUCUGGUACUCACCACACCACCACUGUGAGAGCUGGAAGUUCAUCUAAUAUCUUCAUCAACCAGCGGAAAAAUCACCAGGACCUUUUCCCCUGGAGCUCUGCGGUCCCUAGCCCCACGGAGGACCUGGACCGCAUCCCUGUGAGGCAGUGCCUGCUGGCCAUCCUCAUCCUGGCCCUCGUGGCCACCAUCUUCCUUGUGUGCACCGUGGUGCUGGCUGUCCGCCUGUCCCGCAAGAACCACAUGUACCCCGUGCGCAGUUACUCCCCCACCGAGAUGGUCUGUAUCUCGUCCCUGCUGCCUGAGGGGGGCGAGGGGCCCGCUGCCGUGGCCAAUGGGGACGUUCCCAAAGCCAGGGGCCAGGGCCUAAAGGCGGGGCCUGGGCAGUGCCACGAGGGGGACGACCUCGCCUUGCAGAGCUUCCUCCCUUAGCUCCCACUGCCCGGCCGCCUACAGGACCCCGGCCUCCGCACUCCUGCGGGCCCGCCGGGCCGCCGCUGAGCACCCGGGCUCUGUUCCACAGGUAUGGGCUUCCUUGCAGCCCCUAGGGAUGGGAUCUUCAGUGCAGGACCCCUGGCCACCCCAUCCAGAACCGAGGGCAGUAAGGUCCUGUGGUCAAAGUGGGACUCGCAAGCCGAGCGGCCUGUCUUCCUCCUGCCUCUAGUGGAGGCCAGAGAGAUCCCUGCCGCUGCCGCGUCCCCCAUCCAUCGGCGUUUCCUCCUGCCUCCCCUGUGCUCCUCCCUCUCCUGGCUGCCAGAGCCCCACCCCACACACCCAGGGGCCACUCAGAGCCUCUGCCCCCACAGUCCUUUUCUUCCAGUCGCUGUGGUUACUGCCCAGGAAGGGAGGCCUGAGCCAUCUCCUGCCACUACCGCCCCUCCAGUGUGGGGCAGCUUGGGUCUCGGGCAUCUCCCUGGGGAACCCAGGGUGCAGUCUCCGCCUGAGGGCUGGGGCCGGCAUGGAGCGCCGGGACUGUGUUUGGGACCGUGUGGCCCAGCGAGUGUCCUUCCAGUGGCAGAGUAACCCCGUCCUGCGACCCAGCCUUCCUCUGUGCCCAUAUUCAGGGCAGUACGUGCAAGCAAUAAAUCCCCGAGGAACAGUGAUGGCUGAAUGUCUCAGGGCAUCCAGGCGUCUCCUUCAGGCUGGAGUGGGUCGUUUGGUGCUCGCCUCCUCAGGGCGCCCCUCGCCCGGGCCAUGAGGCUGGCCUCAGGGUGGUCUCUCGGACCGUGGACACAUGUGACUACCUCCUUGGGUGGCCAGGGGAGGUUUCAGAGGGGGUAUGGGGCUGCCCCUGAAGACAGCCUUAUUCAACUCCCCCCAUGACCCCAUUCUGGCCUACAGAAUAGUUCCCCCUGAAUCUCAGACCAAUACUCUCUCUAAACAUUAGUGCCAUCCUCCCCAGAAGCCCGCCCUGACCUUUCCAUUCCACAUGGGGCCCAUCUCCCGUUUAACACCCAGUGCCCACUCCUCCCACAGGGCUAGAACGGCUGCAGCCUACUAGACUUGAAAGAACUCACAGGAGAACUGACUAGCUGUCCUUUAAAGUUUGGGACCAGCCAGCCUACUCUUAAAUGACAAGAGCAUAAGUAUUUGAGGCCAUGUGGUCUUUGUUGUAACUGUCGUCAUAGCCAAAUGCAGCAAUUGACAACAUGUCAUAAAUGAAUGGGUUUGGCUGAGUUCUAAUAAAACUUUAUUUACAAACA